CCAACAGUCUGUGACCCAUUCAGCUGAACUUCAUAAACAUCUGCUUCACUGAGUCUGCCUCUCUGCCAGCGCUCGUCACUAUAAAGCCGCUGCGAUCAAAAGGACAAACGUCAUUGACUGCGCUUUAAUCGUCGGAAAAGACCUCAUUGCCGGGUGGCUGCAGGCCGAAAGGAUUCAGGAGGCAGGUAGCCGGACCGGACCGAACUCGCCCCAUCUCCCUUAUUCGACCGGACAGCCAUACCGACUCCGGCACCGGACCGCGGCAGCCCGGGGGCUCCAGGCGGCUCAACGCCGGCGGCGGGGACCGCGUCUGUAAGGUCAGCAGCCAGGACUGCGUGCAGGGACAACAACGGACCGAGCAAGGCGGACCGGGCAGUGUGCUGAUGGAUGUGGACUUGGCCGGUACCGACCUGCGAGCCAUGGCCGAGUCUCUGCAGCCUCAAACUCCCAGCCGCCACGAGAAGAGCCUGGGGCUGCUCACCACCAAGUUCGUUACUUUGCUUCAGGAGGCGAAGGACGGAGUUCUCGACCUGAAAAUAGCUGCAGACACUCUGGCUGUCAGACAGAAGAGGCGCAUAUAUGACAUCACAAACGUGCUGGAAGGUAUCGGUCUCAUCGAGAAGAAAUCCAAGAACAGCAUUCAGUGGAAGGGUGUGGGUCCUGGCUGCAACACACGGGAGAUCACCGACAAGCUGAUCGACCUGAAGGCGGAGCUGGAGGAUCUCGACCGGCGGGAACUCGAGCUGGACCAGCAGAGGGUCUGGGUGCAGCAGAGCAUCAAGAACGUGACAGACGACACGCAGAACAGCAGGCAGGCAUAUGUUACCCACGAUGACAUCUGCGGCUGUUUUAAAGGUGACACACUCUUGGCCAUUCGUGCACCCCCAGGAACACAGCUGGAGGUGCCCAUACCAGAGGCUGUGAUGAAUGGACAGAAGAAGUACCAGAUCCACUUAAAGAGCACAUCUGGCCCCAUCGAGGUCUUACUGGUCAACAAGGACACAUCAGGCUCAGCUCCUGUGGUCCUGCCCGUCCCGCCUCCUGAGGAGAUGUUCCAGAGUCUUCCGACUAUAGCCACGCCAAAGCCGGCUACCCAGCCUGGGACACAGCAAGCUACGACCCCCCCCAGCAGCCACAGCCCAACCACAGCCUCUCCUGCAUCAACGGUCCCCCCCGCCAUGCCCGUCUCGGAACCUUCCGGAAACAGCACUUCCCUGGAUCCAGCUCCUGAAGUCACAGUAAUGGAUCAGACCCAGUCACUGGAGACGCAGCCCUUGCAGUCAUCCGCCUCUCUGGACAAUGGUUCGUCCAUCUCGGCGUCCGCGGAGGUUUUCGAGCCCAUCAAGUCUGACCCGUCGGAGUUGCUGGAUUUCCCGAAAGAGCUCUCGGAGAUGUUUGACCCCACGAAAGAGAUAAUGAGUGCUGAUCUUCUGGAGGAGCUCAUGGCUUCAGAAGUCUUCUCACCGUUGCUUCGCCUUUCCCCACCGCCGGGCGACCACGAUUACAUCUACAACCUCGAUGAAAGCGAAGGUCUCUGUGACCUUUUCGACGUCCCCGUUCUGAACCUCUGAUCACGAACUCGGCCAGGGGGGCAUUUGUGAAUAAGGAUUUAACCAAAAGUAAAGAGGAUAAUAUUUUUGACCUUUUUUUUUUUUUUUGAGGAACAAAGGAAGAAUUAAUCUAUUUUUGGAUUCCUGUUGUAUUAUAAGCUGAUCUAAUGAACGGACAUUUUUUUGUGUUUAGUUAUUUUGCAGUUUAUUAUUUUUCUUCCCUUUAAGACCCAUCAACUCAAACAGGAAGGCCUGGUAUCCGAGAUCCUGCCCACAGACACUCCUGGGACACAAAGUGAAUUACUUCCAGCUGCCAAGCUGUAAAUAUGAGAGCGAGGCCCCUGCAUGACCAAGAUGCCUUUUGUAAUCAGUCACGACCAUAUUUAAGGAAGGAACUGGGUUGAACGACGGCGGACAUGAUUUGCGACUUUUAAGGAGCUUUUAACACGCAGACUUAUUGGAGUGAGUUGGCAUAAGGAAGCGAGAGGCCAGAGCCUGCUGGAGUUUAAAGGAAGCGGAGGGGAAUGGAGAAGGCGAACCUGACAGAGCUGUGUGAGCUGCAGCGGCAUCGGCGGCAGCAGCCAAGCUGCAAUUCUGAGUCUCUCCAGGAGGGGUCACCAGAGCGCAGCCAGUGUAGCUGGCGGCUGCUGGCAGACCGGCACCAGCAGCUCGUCACCUGUCUCUGUAGCAUUUUUUUCUCCCCCCCCCUCCCCCCCAACCAAUGAUGUCACACCGUACCGUAUGUACCACAGCUCCGCCCCAGAUAUCCAUUUAUUCAUGUAGCUUCUUGAGACACAAAGUUUUAUUAAACUGCCACAUUACAAGGACCAUGGUCUGUAGAAAUAGGAAGGAGAUAUUUAGUUUAUAUAUACAUGCAUAAAUAUAUAUUUUGAAUAGGGUUGGGUGAGGGUAUAUCCUGUGUGCACUGGAGCAAAAAGCAUGAAGUGGCGAUUGUAAAAAAAUAUGGAACAACAAUGUCACUAUAUAUCUCUCUGUUUCUGCAGUCAUGUAUGCAGAAUGGAACCGUAAUGAGGCUGUACCUGUGAACAGAUUUACGUACUUUGGCUUUUCCAUAGUUCUGUAUUGCAGGCCAAAUUUAAUAGCAUUGGAGUUUCUUCCCCGGAAAUCACUGACCUUAUUCCUCUUUCUCCAGGGCUGAGUAGUAGGUGAGUGUGAAAGGGCUCUCGGCUACAACGAUGACUAGUCCUAUAUCAUAGACCACGGUCCAGAAUACUGCUACUACACUCUCCUGCAUGUCAUCGUAUACACACAAAUGAUCAGAGCUCUACAGUGCUCAUAUUUUGCUCCAUUUUUUCCCCACUUAUUUGGAGUCGAAAUUGAGAGAAUUCUGGAAUUUUGGAAUAAAAUAAUAUAAUAUAGCAUUUGCUGCAGUCCCAUGUUUUUUGGCCAUCCCUAAGGUGCCCGGAUGGUUAGACCUCUAGGUUUUACUGCAAACCGGAGCAAAGUACAGGCAGUGUGCAGCCCUGUGUUUUUGCGGAGAGAGACACUGGCUGAUUGAUACGAGGUGCCCUCGAACUCAGGUAAUGUCUUCUCUAGACACUUUGGCUGUAACUGCAUGUACAGUGCAUUUCCUCCAGUGAAAGAAAGUACAGUCAUAUUUACACACUGGCUGAAAGCAGGCUAUGCUGACAUCACGUGGAUGAUGUCAUAAACCAGUAAGCUAUUACAAUACUGUCAGAUUUUUUUUUCCUGUCUAUACAAUAGAAAGAGUGCAGACAUGCAGUAAAUACUUUGCACUUGUGCCUUUGCCAUAUAUUCCCAUUUUACUGCCUCAGAAAAUAAACCUUGCAUACUGCAGUUUUACAGCUACCCAGUUCUACUGCUCCUGUAGUAAUGACAUGCAUCUUCAGAUUUCUGUUCCUGAUUCUUCUCCGUUUAUGAUGUGGCUGUUAGCGGAGCUCUGGAGUUCCAGCCACCUCUACUCACUCUUCUGUUUUCCCCCCAAAGAAUAACUGGCUUCUGUAACACAUAUAAAAGGACUCUAUUGUGCAGUGUGCUAAAUGUGGUUGAAGGUAAUCAGAAUCCUGCACGUCCUUCAUAUUCUUACCUUCUGUAUUCCUGUUAUUCUUAGCACAUCAGGCUUUUGUCACAGUAACGCUGUUUUCGGGGGGGGGGAUGUGUAUAGGGAUGUGUGCGCUUGCAACAUAUGGUACAGCAGUCUUGUGGGAUGUCAGCUCCGGAAGGUUGUCAUGCUCAGCUUGGAUGCACAGACCAGCCUGCGCCCUCAGUUCUCUUGCUUUUCAGGUUCCCGUCCGAUGUCUCGCUUUAAUGUGAGAGGAGGGGCUGCAGUGCAUUCUUUUACUUCUUAAGGACUGGGGGGGGGCCUUGACAUGCCAGCCAGUACCUCUGCAGCUGGGUCUAACGAAAGUUCUGCGCAGCAUUCAUCCUUAACUUUCAUCUCUGGAGACUUUGUCUCGGAACAACUUUCACAACUGCGUAAAAAUGUUUACGCGCCAGGACAGCAUCACUGUGCUUGCUUUCCUUGUAGGAAGUAUCUUGUAAAUCAGUGUAUUUCAUUUGUAUUUUUUGUUUGCUUGCUGUUUACCUUGUUUUGUCGCGUUACUUAGACAUACCCAUGUGUAUUGAACUGAGAAUCAGCAUAGCGAUACACGUUCCUGAUUGACACACAAACCUUUUCAUAAGGUUGCCUGGACGCACUGUCGCUAUGAGGGAGGCCUUUGGACACAGCUCAGGGGUUCAGUACGGCUCGGGAGUGACUCUCUACUCAGUGUUGAGUUUAACUGCCACUUGCAUCAGGUAAUUUUGGGUCGUUCCUCUUUUAAAAAAAAUCAGCGUAACGUUACUUCUGUGUUUUCCCUCAUUGUUUGCCAUUCAAGUUUCUCUUUAACUACCAGGUUUUACAACACAAGUGUUGCUUGUUCCAUUGACUUUGUUUUUGCCUUCUGUGCGCGAGAGCAAUUUGUAUGAAUGCUUUUUAAAGUUGUCAUAGAACAGGCGAAAACUCCGGCUGUACUUCUGUUGGUGCCUGAGGAUCACAGCAGCCCUUUCCUGUGUGUCGUGGUUUCAUAAAUUCUCAGUCUCUUGGUGACUGACCAGAUACUCCUGUAUUAACCCAGAUAUGUUUUUAAGGUUCUGAGUCGCAUUUUUAAUGCGUUCUUCACAGGGCAGUGAUGCAUUUCCUUCUUGUUCAUACUAUUCAAAGAGCCUCUUCUGUUUUAUACAAGUAAACAUUUAUUUUUAUAUUUGUCAUAUAAAACAAAUGUUUCGAUAGUUGUUAUAUACAGUUUGAAAUUGUAUUGAUUCAGUUGUCUGUAUUGAACCAAGUCAUCUCAACAGCACUUUACAUCAGUACACCCGGUAAAACAGUUGCAUCUCCCAAAAUCGUUGGAAGGUGUUGGAUAUGUCCCUGAAACAUUCAUAUUCCAGGGAAGUAUUUCUGUAUUUUUCUAAACUUACAAUGUUUUUAGAACCUUUGAAUGAAAAGUAUGUAACAGACAGUUGUAGUUAUCCCUCUUCCCCAAAAGAAAACAAAAUAAAGAUUUUUAUAUGUUUUCCUAA